UAUCUGCCUCUCCCUUCCGCGUCCGCACUCGCGCGCUCAAGUGCCAGUGGUUUCCGUUUUGUUUCCUGAUUAUUGCUAGUGCUCGGCCAGGCGGGGGUUUUGCGUAGCGCUCUGGAGAAACGUGCAAUUUGGCUGUACGGCGCUUUGAACCUUCAGCCUCGGAAAACGGUGACAGCUUUUCACACAUCUGCCAACGUUGUAAUCAAAAUCAGCCUGCUGUGUAGCAAUGGAUGCUGAACAGAAUCAGGAAGUUCCAGAGGCUGUUGCUGAGACACAGGAAGUGGCGAUGAAACGAGAGGAGAAAUCGGAGCCUAAGUCUAAAGAGGUGGCACCUUCAGAACCUCCAAAAGCAGCCCCUGAACCCGAGAAGACCCCAGAGACGGAGCAUUCUGCUGUGGGAUUGUCAGAAAAGGAGAAAGCGAUGGACUCUGAAACUCCUCCUGCCAAACCGUCUGAACCCGAGGUGGCGCUGGAAAAAUCUCCUGAGGAAACCCCAACUGCCGAGUCUUCUGAGAAACCCCCUGAGCCAGAACAGCAGAAGAAGUCUGAGGAGCCACAGGUUCAAGUGAAUUCUGAGCCUGAGAAGCAGGAGGAAGAAGCUGUGAAAGAGAUGGAGCCUAAGAAAGAGGAGGAGCCUGCCAAAGAGGCUGAGUCCAAACCCAUUGCUGUGAAUGAAGCCAAGCCCGAAGAAUCUGAUAAAGGUGAGGAGACAAAGACAGAAGGAGGAGAGGAUAAGGUACAACCAGAGGCUGAUGGAGUUGAAGCUAAGCCUCCGAAAGAGGCAGAGACCAAGCAGAAAGAGCCAGAGCUGCCUUUGUUCUUUGGCUGGUUCCUGCUUCCAGAGGAAGAGGAGCGAAUUAAGUGUGCAACCAUGGACUUUCUCAAGACGCUGGACACUUUGGAGGCCUUCAAAGAACACAUCAGUGAAUUUACUGGUGAGGCGGAGAAAGAAGUGGAUCUUGAGCAAGUAAUCUCUUGA